GGAGGCGCCAGAGCGUCGCCGUUCGCCAUUUCAACCACAGAAGAAAAUGAGCUACAGGAGUUUACUUGCCGAAUGACAGAAAAACAGAGUUCACAGAACAGAAACGACAGUUUCUCCUUUCGGUACCGAGUUGCACGUUUUUGUUGAGAUCCGACUGGGAACUUCGCUCGGGGAAAAUGCGAGACCGAACAAAAGAAUUAGGAAAUAAGGCUGAAACUUCAGAUGAGGAUGAAGAGGGCAAAGCUCUGGUGACCAAAUCCGGAACUUCUUCACUUAAAGAGGAGAAGGAGAAUGAUGCUUUCUUUAAAAAGGUGCAGGAAAUCCAUGACGGGCUUCAGAGUCUCAAGAAGAUGGUUUCCGACCUGGAGAGCAAACAGAAAACUGUUCUUGGAGUUGCACUGCCAGAAGAGAGUAUGAAAAAGGAGCUCCAAACUCUGCGAGACGAGAUCAAAACGUUAGCGAGCCAGAUCCAGAAGAAGCUGAAGAAUAUUGAACCUAAAAAGGGCGAGGACGAUGGGAAAUAUGUGUCCAUAAAUCUGCGCAUGCAGCGCACCCAGCACGGCGUUCUGUCCAGGGACUUCGUGGAGCUGAUGGGUCGCUGUAACACCAUCCAGGCUCAGUACAGGGACCGUAACGUGGAGAGGAUACAGAGGCAGCUAAAAAUCACUGGCACCAAUGUGACAGAUGAAGAGCUGGACAUGAUGCUGGAGAGUGGCCAGACGGAUGUUUUCACUCAGAACAUCCUGAGUGACGCUAAAGCGACGAAGCAGGCUCUGAAUGAGAUCGAGUCCCGACACGAUGAGAUCCUGAAGCUGGAGAAGAGCAUCACAGAGCUGCACCAGAUGUUCCAGUACCUCGCCAUGGAGGUGGAGGCUCAGGGCGAGAUGGUCGACCGGAUCGAGACCAACAUCAUACAAUCCUGUGACUAUGUUAAGAAAGCAAACGACAAUGUAGCCAAAGCUGUCACAUAUCAGCAGAAAGCUCGGAAGAAAAAAAUUUGGAUUGCCGUCUGUUUGGCCGUCCUCAUCAUCAUCAUCGUCGCCGCUGUUGGCGUCUCCUUCAGUUAGUAACGUCUCUGCAGGAAAACUCUGCAGAAGGUUAUUAGCUUCAGAUAAAUCCCUGUUUGUGUAAAUAUCAACCCACAGGAUGCACGGGUGAAUUUAAGUUUUGUUCUUUCCUGCAUUUCACACUAGUCUUCCUCCAACUUACCUGUCCAUCAGAAAGUAGUUUUUUCCCCCUUCACCUUCUUCUUUUCCAACCUCCAGUUGAGGCGAUGUUGCAGGUUAUAAUCUGUUUUCUAUACAAACAUAAAGACCUGAAUACAUGAACUGUUACUUCAGCUUCCCUCCUUCCACUGAGAGGAAACCAAAGUGACCUUGAGCAAGGCACAAUGCAGUAUUUAACCCCGAGACUGGCGCUGAUAAUACUGCACUCAGGAAAGCUGUUGAUCCUCGUUACGCUUUUGGAAAAACUCGAGACAAAAAGAACAAUUUUAUAGAAUAAAACUUUUCUUUAUAGACGACUACAGAACAUAGACUAAUAUAAUUGUAUAGAACUCUGCUGGUGAUUGGUGGAUGUUUUUUUUUUAACUCAUUUGUUUCAAACUGUCUACAUGUAACAAGUGUAAAUACGUUGUUUUGUUGUGGAUUAACACUGAUAGGUUUAUCUCAGUGCUGCAACAGUAAACCCAAACCUGCUUUUAUUUGUAUUUAUGAUCUGAUCAUUAUGUAAGCUGCUACAAAAAAAAAAAAAACUAUUCAACCCAUAAGGAAACCCUUGGAGCCUUUAGAACAGUGCCUUCUUCACACCGGUCUAGGAACACCAUAUUGUGCACUAACAUUGUCAAGAAGGGAUGGAGUUUGUCGUCGUUGCAUCACAGAUUUAACAUGUUGGUAAUCUUCUUCCCCAGUUUGUCACGUAGUGGCGUCUCCGUCCAGUUUGGUUUGAUGCAGGAGCAGCAAGUCAGAAAUAAUUAUGGAGACGUCUCAAUGAGACAAGUGUGUCUGAAGUAAGUUCAGACUGUUAAAUUCUGUGCAGUUCUCAUUAGUCUACUUUAGAUGCAGGAAAAUGCACCAAAAGGGCUGAAGAGAACUUUCUACUGUAAAAUUAUAAGAUGCAUGUUUGUUUUUAAAUAAAAUCUCAUUCUAUUCUUGUU